AAGUCGCACCCAAUACUCAUUCUAACUUCAGCACUUGAGCAAGUCGCCUCGCGAAUCCUAGAACUCAACCUCUCAAUAUGUGUGACGAGGAUGUUGCCGCUUUGGUCGUGGACAAUGGAUCAGGAAUGGUGAAAGCUGGCUUUGCCGGCGAUGAUGCCCCACGAGCCGUCUUCCCAUCCAUCGUCGGACGCCCAAGACAUCAGGGCGUCAUGGUUGGCAUGGGACAGAAGGACAGCUACGUCGGCGAUGAGGCCCAGAGCAAGAGAGGUAUCCUUACCCUGAAGUACCCCAUCGAGCACGGUAUCGUCACAAACUGGGACGAUAUGGAGAAGAUCUGGCAUCACACCUUCUACAACGAGCUUCGGGUUGCCCCAGAGGAGCACCCAGUCCUGCUGACCGAGGCUCCCCUCAACCCCAAGGCCAACAGGGAAAAGAUGACACAGAUCAUGUUCGAGACCUUCAACAGCCCCGCCAUGUAUGUCGCUAUCCAGGCUGUCUUGUCCCUGUACGCCUCUGGUCGUACCACUGGUAUCGUCUUCGACUCCGGCGAUGGCGUCAGCCACACCGUACCAAUCUACGAGGGAUACGCCCUUCCCCACGCCAUCCUCCGCCUUGACUUGGCUGGCCGUGAUCUUACCGAUUACCUCAUGAAGAUCCUGACCGAGCGUGGCUACAGUUUCACCACCACUGCUGAGAGAGAAAUCGUUCGUGACAUCAAGGAGAAGCUCUGCUACGUCGCCCUUGACUUCGAACAGGAGAUGCAGACGGCUGCUUCAUCAAGCUCCUUGGAGAAGAGCUACGAACUUCCCGACGGACAGGUCAUCACCAUCGGAAACGAGCGAUUUAGGUGUCCCGAAGCCCUCUUCCAGCCCAGCUUCCUGGGUAUGGAGUCUGCUGGUAUCCACGAGACCACAUACAACAGCAUCAUGAAAUGUGAUGUCGAUAUCAGGAAAGACCUGUACGCCAACACUGUGUUAUCUGGUGGUUCCACCAUGUACCCAGGCAUCGCCGACCGUAUGCAGAAGGAGAUCAUUGCCCUUGCUCCACCAACGAUGAAGAUCAAGAUCAUUGCCCCACCAGAGAGGAAAUACUCCGUAUGGAUCGGUGGCUCCAUCCUUGCCUCUCUCUCCACCUUCCAACAGAUGUGGAUCAGUAAGCAGGAAUACGACGAGUCUGGCCCUUCCAUCGUUCACAGGAAAUGCUUCUAAACUCUGUAAUAAAGUCUUGAAACGACUUGGGACUGUUGAGUUCUGGUCACAUAAUCUCAGAUUCAAACAAAAUGGUUGCCCAACCGCUUAACUGCGGUCUAAAUUUGAUAAGAAGGCUUGACUUCUAAGCUGCUCAAAGAACAAUUCUAACCUCCCAUUCACGAACUAAGACUGAAGUUUAAUACCGGCGCAGCACACAUUGCACUUCCAGGUUUCCGGCCUGUGCAAUAUUGUAAACUAGUUCAGGAGACGUUCGCGGUGAAUUUCGGUGCUUGCUCCGUGGUGAUGUCGUCCUUGUGCUGUAAUACAUGGAAUUUACAUGUAAUUAAAUAAGUUUAUAUAUUUUA